GCAGCAGCCGGAAGUAGCGGGCAGUUGGCCGGAAGUGGGGGCUGUGAGGCCCGGGUGGUGCUGGAGGAGUCGCCGUGGCGGCGUUGCCGGCGGGAACUGGGGUCUAGUGUUGCGACGGCCGCGCUCGCCAGGCUCAGGCUAUUUCUGAUGCUUGGAAGCUAUCCUUUCAGCCACAAAGAUGGUAAUAAAUCUUUGCCUUCCACAGUUCAGACCAAGAAUUUACUGCAACAAGAUAUCAGCUGAUGGUUAUGAAGUAGAAAAUCUCAUCUCUGAAGACCUCACAAAGAGAAGUCAUGGUUUUAGGACGGAGUAUUUCAUUAAGCCACCAGUCUAUGUAACAAUUUCCUUUCCCUUCAAUGUGGAAAUCUGUAGGAUUAACAUAGACCUCACAGCUGGGGGAGGCCAGAAUGUCACUGGCCUGGAAAUGUACACGUCUGCCUUAUCCAGCAGAGCAUCUUGGAAUACCCUCGAGUGCCGGGUCCCGGGCCCAGCUGAGCCAUCCAUCCCAGACAAGGAGGCAUUCACCUUGGUAGGCAAAGUCUUGUUGAAAAACCAGAGCCAAGUAGUGUUUAGCCACAAGGGCUUCAAGGCUAGGCCGCCUUUUGGCCCAAUGGAAGCCACACUCCCCUCCCCUGCUGUUGUGGCCCAGGAGCUUUGGAAUAAAGGGGCUCUUUCCCUUAGCCACGUGGCCCAUCUCAAGAUCUGUAUCACCCACGUGACAGGCAGCGGUAUCCCUUGCAUCAAGCGGUUGGAAGUGUGGGGUCAGCCGGCUAAAACCUGCUCUCAGGAGGUGAUAGACAGCGUCCUGCUGGUUGCCUCAGAGAGACACCCUCAAGACUUGGCUCUGCAGGCCCCGGCCAUGCCCAUGGAAAGUGACUGUGACCCCGGAGGCCAGUCUGAGGGCCCACAGGCCCCUUCCAGCUUGCAGGAGCUGGCCGAGGUAAUUCAGGAUGUGCCUGAGGAGUUCCUGGAUCCCAUCACCCUGGAAAUCAUGCCUUGCCCCAUGCUCCUGCCCUCAGGCAAGGUCAUCGACCAGAGCACUCUGGAGAAGUGUAACCGCAGUGAAGCCACAUGGGGCCGAGUGCCCAGUGACCCUUUCACAGGGGUAGCCUUUACUCCACUCUCCCAGCCCCUGCCUCACCCCUCCCUGAAGGCCCGGAUUGACCAUUUCCUGCUCCAGCACUCCAUCCCUGGCUGCCACCUGCUUGGGAGAGCACAGACUGCGUUGGCAGUUACCCCUUCUUCACUUGCUCUGCCUUCUCGGAAAAGAAAGAUGGAGCAGGCUGAACAUGCCCCAGACGGUAGCCUUGGUAUAAAUGCUUCCUGUUUUUCUACCACAAGCCUUAUGGUCUCACCCACUACCUCAGAACACACCGCUAAGAAGAUGAAAGCUGCCAGUGAGCUCGGUCUGACACACAUGGACUGCUCAACGGGUCCAGUGUCCCAUGAGCAGAAGCUGUCACAAAGCUUGGAAAUUGCCUUGACAUCGACUCUUGGCUCCAUGCCCUCCUUCACGGCUCGGCUGACCAGGGGACAGCUCCAGCACCUCAGCACAAGAGGGAGCAGCACUUUCUGGAGGCCAGGCACAGGCUCGGAGCAGCCUGGGAGCGUCCUGGGCCCCGAGUGCACCUCCUGCAAAAGAGUGUUUUCUCCCUACUUCAAAAAGGAACCCGUGUACCAGCUUCCCUGUGGCCACCUCCUCUGCCGGCCCUGCCUGGGUGAGAAGCAGCGCUCCCUGCCCAUGACAUGCACAGCCUGCCAGCGGCCAGUUGCCAGCCAGGACGUGCUGCGAGUCCACUUCUGAGUGACCAGCCUCAACCUGAGAAGACCCAUCACUGGGAGGAGCUGAGGGAGAGCAGGAGUGGGGGUCGCAGCUCCCCUGAGGUCUGGCCAGGUCCCAGGCACAGAGAGGCUUCUUCUUCCCUGAGGGCUUUCCCUUUAUCUCUUCCCACAGUGUAGCACAGGCCGAGAGUGAAGGGUGGAGAAGGGAGCACUCCACUCCUGCUCAAGUGGCAAUAGGAUAACAAAGCCAUAGUUUGGGCUGGGAGGGAUGAGGGAGAUGUCCCUGCCCUCCUGUGCCUCCCUGCCACCCCCUUCCAGAGCCCAGGGCCUGCUAGAGCCCGCCCCACCCUGCUGAGGGCACCCCAAGUUAUCUGCACCACCACCCCUAUCCUGCAGGGUGGAUAUGAGUGGAGCACAAAGACUGUGGCUCGGGAUCUCAAAGACAGCCUUCUCCUUCAGUGUCACCCAAAAGUGGACCAUGGCGGAGGUCUGUGGAGUGAAUGACUCAGCCCCCCAACUGGCAGACCACUCCGAGCCUUAAUAAAGCAAUGGUUGACGUCCACUG